AUGCAACAAACCACUUCGAAACAGCCGCGCUUUAUCCUAAAUAUUGACGAUAGAGCUGGCCAUCCAGCCGUUUCCGAGAAUGUAGAUGUUCUCAUUCAAGAAGCCCUCGAGCACAUUAUCUCAGAAACCCCUCCGCAGGAUGAGUACUCGCAUAGACAAUGCCGAGGCCUUUUCCAGGGACCGACAGCUGUCGCCUAUCUAUUUCUCAAGAUUGGCGUGAAACACCCGGCAAUAAGAGUGCGAGACCAUUCUCUGCGCCAAUGGGCACGCCUGUACAUGAAAGCCAAACGUAAAGGAGGCGAUUAUGUGCCAUGUGGGUUGUCAUGUGAAAGCGCUGGGUUUUGGGCUGUCCAAACCAUGUUUGACGACGCCAAUGCAUCGAAAUUCUGCAAUGUCCUCAAUAGAUUGGUGGAAGAGGAAGGUCACCCAUGUGAGCUUCUUUUUGGUUACUCUGGGUUGUUGUACAUGAUUCGCGCUGUGGAGUCUUGGAUCGGGCAGAAUGCGGAAAUAGCUUCCUCGAUGGCCACAAUAAAAGCUCGAAUUAUGGAGAAAAUUCUCAGCGCCGGACCUGGAUGGACCUGGCACGAAAAACGCUAUAUCGGCGCCGUACAUGGAGACGUCGGCAUCUUGACGCAACUCCUACUAACAGACCCAAAACUAGCCGCUAAUUCUAUGGUGAGCAAGGCGGUAAAUCGACUGCUCAGCUUACAACGAGCAGAUGGUAAUUGGAACACCAAAGAUGAUGACAGUGUCCGUUACAACGGACUCGUUCAGUUUUGUCAUGGAGCCCCCGGCUUCGUCUUAUCAUUGUUGCACUUGAGGCGUUUAUUUCCAAAUGUGCAAGAUGCUAUAAACGAAGCCAUUGAGUUAGGAAGAGAUUUGAUCUGGCAACAGGGUUUACUGCGCAAAGAACCCUGCCUCUGUCACGGUAUACUGGGAAAUGCACUGGCGUUACCAGCGGGACAAAAGAGGGACCUGUUCUUAUCAUGGUCAUUGCCGGGACGGAUUGCAGAGGAACGACGGAAAGACGACACCAUCUUUCCACCCGAGGAUCCUGAGAAAAUGUCAACGUGGUUCAACUAUUGGCCAAGUGUAGCCUGGACCUGGUCACAGUCUGUGGCGGAGAUUCCUGAUAUCAUUCUUUACACAGAUGUUUAA